AUGAGGUUUGUUAGUCCAUUGCUGAUGCUGCUCUUGGCUAUUCUCAACGACUGUGGCUGCAAGCGUAUGUGGGAGCACGAACUCUUAGAGGCCCAUGUAUACAGCUCAGAUGAGAGCAAACUCAAACUGAAUCUAUAUGUGAGCCGAGUGGGUCGCGAUCUUGUUGGAUUCUCAGGCACCGUGGAUUGGAAUUUCGAUGCGGACAAUGAAGCGAUGCUUGAAAUGGGGUUCUAUCGCAGUGCCAGCGGCAACGACUAUCGUCCCAUGCCAUUUUCAAUUUCAAAGAAAUACUUUAAGGAUUACAAGACCUUAUACGACGAUAUCAUUUAUAUCAACUUGAAAGAUUGCUCAAAUUUGCCCCAAAUCGAAGGCGACUACUUGAUACCAUGGCCCAGGAAUUUGUACACGUUUAACAAUUGUAAUUUCCACAAAGGUGUUCUACCGGAAGUAGUAGCUGAAGGCAUGUAUAAGACUGUGUUUGCAUUUUUCGGCGAGGUAAAUUGGAAUGUGACUUUUAUUUUUUAUGUAAGACCAAAGCUUUUCUGA